AGCCCACAUCUUGCUUGUCGCCCCGGUGGCCCAGUUGCCUCUCGUUCCUCGCCUUCCUCACGCCCUCUCGACGCGCGGCGCAGACUGCAACCAGCGCCCGCAGCUUCGUCUCCGUCUCCUGUUCGUCCGCACGCAAGUUGCUUCUCUUAACGACCAGCGGUUCGCGCGCAAUCCCCGUCUAACGCCAGCCUACAAGCGAGGACUCUUUGAGCGAUGCCCGACCACGGCGCGGCACGCAAGGGCACGCCGCUGCCCAUCUACGUGGGCGGGGCCAGCGGGCGCCACGCGCCGCGCAAGAAGUUCGCCAAGCGCGGCAGCCGCGGACGCGACGAGGAGUCCCCCGGCAAGAAGAAGAGUACUGGCGUGCUGCUGAGCGAGCGGCGCACGUGGAACCUGCUGUGGGCGCUGUUCAUCGUCGCCUUUGUGAUCUGCAUGGUGUGCCUCGUGACGCUCGGGCGCAUGGUGCAGGACGGCAGCAUCUCGAACAAUGCCGUGAGCGGCGGCGACGGCAAGCGCGGGCUCUUCACCGUGUGGAAGGAGAACCAGAUGCUGGCCAAGCUCAAGCGGCUCUCGCACAUGUUCACGUCCGUGGACGACUCCAAGGUGAAGAGCCAUGUGACGCGCCAGGAGCUGAGCAACCUCGGCGACUACGAGUGCGUGGGCUGGCGGCAGACCAAGAACUGCACGCCCAGCGGCGAGCGCGAGUUCGAGAACGACAAGAACUGCAGUGAGCUGAUCAGUAAUGGGGUUUCAGGCUACUGCGAGGUGCGCAACACGCGCACGGGCGAGCUGAACCAGGUGCUGGCCAUGCACUGCGACUCGCUGCGGCCCGGCGUGCAGUUCAAGUGCGAUAUGUUCCAGAGUCUGCUGAGCUACAGCAUCAUGUCCAAGGACUACGAGCACGACGCCAACUUCUCGUACGAACACAACCAGAAUGUGUUCCGAGCGACCAACAAGAUAUCGGACACGCCGGUGCCGCUGGGGGAUGAUGGACUAAAGAACGAGAGUGUGGGCCAGUUGGAGCUUUCCUUUGACCGCGGGAUUGUGUUCGUCAUCUAUGAGAAGCUGCUCCUGGGCGCGUAUGUGAGUGUGCGCUCGCUGCGCGCCUUGGGCUGCACGCUGCCCAUUGAGAUGUGGUACAAGACGUCGGAGACGAACGUGGAACACCCGCUGCUGCGGCUCAUGGUGGAGGAGUACGGCGUGUACCUGCGCGUGAUCGAGGACCCGCUGGCCACGCACUUCUACACGAAGCUGUACGCGAUUUUUUACAGCGCGUUCGACAAUGUGCUGCUGCUGGAUGCCGACAACUUCGCGGUGCGCGACCCCAACUAUUUAUUCGACACGCAGGAGUUCAUGGAGACGGGCGCCAUCUUCUGGCCCGACUUCUGGAAGCCGGGCAACACCAUUUUCAACAUCCACGAGAACAGCUACGUAUGGGACUUCUUUGGCCUAGACUACGUGGACAUGUUCGAGCAGGAAAGCGGCCAGGUGAUGAUCAACCGACGGAUGCACUACAAGGCGCUGAACGUGCUCAUGUACUACGGCUUCUCGCUGCCUCGAGCACACGAGGAGCUGCGGCUGGUGUGGGGUGACAAGGAUCUGUUCCGGUUUGCGUGGCUCAAGUCGAAGAGCUCCUUCCACAUGACUCCGCGGCCACCGGGCUCUGCGGGCACGAAGCACCCGGACUACGACCUGUUCUGCGGCGUGACCAUGGUACAGCACGACCCGAGCGGACGCGUGAUCUUCCUGCAUCGUAACACGGAGAAGCUCACGUACGCGAACAACCGGAUCCUGUGGACUCACAUCCAGCAGUACAAGCGCACGUCCGAGCUUUCGGACUAUUACGUGCGUGGCGCCAACGGCGGCAAGGUCUUCCCGCAGUUCAAGCGGUGUUUCGGCAAGGACGUGCACUACGAAAAGCUGUUCACGCUCAAGCCUAUGAGCGCCUUCCCGUUCGAGAACCUGGAGGACGACCUGCUGCGGUUCGCUGCUGCCGGUGCCGAGGUGCUUCGGCUGGCCGGCUAUGAAGAGAAGGAGGAGGACGAGCAGCAGCAGCAGCCAGGAGAUGAAGAAAAGAAGCAGGAGUGA